AUACUUUUUUAUUUACCGAAAAAAUUCGUCUGGUGGGGAAAGUUGCAAGUUCUACUGAGCGAACAGAGUUGCACUCUUAACAGUUUUACCAUCGCAAUCGGGAUGGCUGAUCCUAGACCAUAUGAUUUGGUUGUUUUUGGUGCAACUGGCUUCACUGGUCAGUUUGUCGUCGACGAAGUUGCGAAAGUAGCCGAAGAAGAAGGGGGCCUAUCAUGGGCUGUUGCAGGACGUAACAUGGAAAAACUGCAGACUGUUCUUGUACAGUCAUCGGAACGCACAGGGAAGAAAGUGGAGGAUAAACCCAUCAUCAUUGCCGACGUCAGCAGCUACCAGUCACUGUUGGACAUGAGUCAGCAGACCAAAGUGGUCCUCAACUGUGUCGGGCCGUACCGUUUCCAUGGGGAACAGGUGGUAAAAGCAUGCAUUGAGGGUGGUGCCAAUUGUGUGGACAUUAGCGGAGAACCUCAGUUCCUGGAAAAGGUUCAGCUUCUUUACAGUGCAAAGGCAAAAGAGGCAAAUGUGUAUGUCGUUGGCAGCUGUGGUUUUGAUAGCAUUCCAGUUGACAUGGGUGUGCACUUCACCCGUAAGAACUUUAAAGGUGAUUUGAACUCGGUUGAGGGAUAUCUAACUUUAAAAGGUGGUGAAGAUGGGAUUGCAUUUAACUAUGCCACUUUUGAGUCUGCGGUCUACGGAUUUGCUUAUGCAAGUGAACUUGCAAACAUCAGGAAGUCUCUGUUUCCUGACCCAAUGCCACGUAGUGCCCACAGGGUACCCAAACGAUAUUUUCCUUUCUACAAGGAGGACUUGAAGAAGUGGUGCCUUCCAUUUCCCAGCAGUGAUCGUUCUGUGGUGGCUCGUUCACAGCGGUAUUUCUAUGACAAACAGCGGCAACGGCCUGUGCAGUUUGUCCCAUACAUAUGUGAAGCCAGCCUUUUCAGGACAAUUUGCUAUGUGCUGUUCUCCAUUAUUUUUGCCAUAAUGUCCUACUUCAGUGUAACACGCUCAGUUUUAUUGAAGUUCCCACAGAUUUUCACUGCUGGCAUGUUUAAAAAAGAUGGACCUUCCCUUAAACAGAUCAAAGAAUCAUCAUUCAGCUGGACCUUGUUUGGAAGUGGCUAUUCUGAGCCUCUACAGACCCUGAUGUUCAGCAUCAGGAAAAGCCUGAUAAGACAAUUACAGUCACUGUCAGUGGACCAGAGGCUGGCUAUGUCACCACCAAUCUGCAUGGUUCAGUCUGCAAUGGUCUUGCUGAAAGAAAAGGAGCGGAUACCCAAAGAAGGAGGUGUAUACACUCCAGCAGCAGUUUUUGGUGACUCUUCCCUCGUCAAACGACUGGACAAGCAUGAAGUUACCUUUCAGGUUCACGAGCAGUAAUCUGCUUUGCUUUGGGCUUCUUGAUGUAAGGGAUGUAGCAUCCUUAGUCUUUGUGCUAAUUAAGUCUCUGGAGAUGGCAAUGACUGCAAGAUGUUUGGGCAAAUAUGCUACAAUUCUAUAAAAUGAAAUUAUAAGUGAUCUAAG